AUGCGCGUCUCCGCAGCUUCUUUUCGCUUCUCGCCGUUGGGGCUUUCCCUGCUGCUGCUGCUGCAGCAGCUGCUGCUGCUGCGCUGCGGCUGCCCCGCCGCGGCCAGCAGCACGGCGAACAAGGAGCCCGAGCCGCGCUGGCCAGCAGCAGCAGACACGCUGACGAGUUACAACUCGGACGUGUUGAGUUCUUACGAGCAGAGCUUCCCGCCCUCAGUUUCCUUCAGUGCCGCGUCCCCGACAGCAGCAGCAGCAGCAGCAGCAGCAGGAGCAGCAGCAGAGCCUGGGGCCCCCGAGGAGGCCCCCUCGCUGCCCAACUUGGGGGCCCUGCCUCGGAGGGGCCGCAGCAAGCUGGGGGUUUCUCUGUUGGCGCUGCUGGUGGCUGCGGGGCUGCUGGCGGGGGUGCGGGGCGGGGGCGUGUUGGCAGGGCGUGGGGGUUUCGGGCCUGGGAGCAGCAGCAGCAGCAGCAGCAGCGGGAGCAGCAGCAGCAGCGGAAUCAGCGGCGCGAGCAGCAGCAGCGGCGAGGGCGCGGCGAGCAGCAGCAGCGCCGCAGAAGAAGACUACGAGGCGCUGCUGGAGGCAGUGGGCAGCUUGCAGGCGGUGAUGGGGGACAAGAGCGACUGCGCAGCAGCAGACACGCUGGUGGCGCGGCUGGAGGCGCUGCAGCAGCAGCAGCAGCAGCAGCAGCGCAGCAGCAGCAGCGAGGGCGCGUUCGUGGGGGAGCUGCAGGAGCUGGUGGUGGAGCUGCAGCAGCGGACGCUGGAGCGGCUGCGGUUCGUGCAGCGGGAAGCUGGCUUUCUGAGUCACAGCAUAGACUUCAAAGCUUCUGCUGCUGCUGCACUAGCAGCAGCAGCAGCAACGGAGCCGCUGCGGGUGGAGCUGGCGCUGACGGAGCAGCUGGCCCGCGCGGCCAAGUGGGACUACAGCAUGCUGGGGUCUUUGCUGCAGGCGGCGGAGCAGCUGACGGAGGGGCUGCCAGCAGCAGCAGCAGCAGCAGCAGCAGCACUGCAUGCGCUGGCUCGCCGUGCUGCUUCUGCUGAGGCUGUCUUCGCCCGAGUGCAGCAAAGCCACCAGCAGGCCGCUCGCUGGGCCGAAGUGGCUGCGCCCGCGCAGCUGGCCAGCUUCCGCCUCGAAGCUGCUGCGCUGCUGCUGCAGCUCGACCAGGCCCUCGUGGACUUGGACUACAUGGCUGCAUGCGGGGGCCCCCACUUGCUGCAGCUCGCGGGGGCCCUCCGGAGGGCCCACGAGGCCCGCGCCGAGGCGGACCUUCUGAGGGCCUCCUUGGCUCGCGAGAAGAGGCCCGUGAGGGCCCUCUCGCAUCUCCAGCGUCUCCGCCACUUCUGCGCAGUGGCCGAGGAGGCCUUCCUCGAGGCGGAGCAGUUCGGGGCCCCCCCGGACUCCCCGGGGCCCUCGGGGGCCCCCGGGGGGCCCCCGGGGACCCCGGGGGGCCCCGCGGAGGAGCGGGGGGGCCCCGCGGAGGAGCGGGGGGCCCCCGGGGAGGAGGGGGGGGCC